AUAUUUUACGCGGUAUUUUAUGAAUUGUUCACGGAUAAUUUACCUGCUAAUCUUUAUAUCAAGAGUUGUUAUCAGUUUUAGUUUGUGUAGUUUAUUGUUAGAUGACUGUAGUUUCGAAUAUUUAUUUUUGUAAUAAAAUCGCAUUCCGAAUAGUUAAUUAAAUUACUUAAUUACUUACGUAUUUUUCAUUCCUUCCUAAAGUACUUAUUAAAGAUAUCUAGCAUAAAUUAUGGUUGUUGAUAUUCCAAAUGAACGAAUGGCACUGUUUAUUCCAUUGCAGUUGCCUUUCAAAGUAUAAAAAUAAAUAUUUAAGAAAUGCCCAAUAUCCCAUUGAGAGAUGAUCAAAAUCUAAUGCCUUUUGGAGACACACAAAAUAGCUGGACUGACGAUCUGCCAGUAUGCAAAGAAUCAGGUGCAGGGUUUUCUACAAAUCAAAUUUAUAGAGAAGAUGGUCUUCGACAAGAAGAUCAUUCAUUUGAAGAUCGAUGUUUUCAUUGGAAAUACGAUGAAUCAACUUUCUUAUAUGGUGUUUUUGAUGGACACGAAGGUUUAAGAGCUGUUAAUUUUGCUCCACAACGAAUGGCUGCAGAAAUUCUUUUAGGACAGUUAAAUGGAAAGUCUACUGAUGAAGAAGUCAAAGAAGUUCUGAGACAAGCUUUUAUCUCCGUGGAACGAGGAUAUUUUGAUUCAAUAGGUGAUUUGUUAGCAGAAAGAACAAGCCUGCAGUUUGAUAUUCCAGAGGGAAUGAAUUCAUAUGAAGCUUACCAAAAGUUUCCUGAAGUUGUUGAUAAACUAAAUGAAUUAAAUCAAGAACUGUCUGCCGGUACAAGUGCAGUCGUUGCGCUAGUUCACUGUAACCGUCUCUAUGUAGCAAACGUUGGUGAUAGUCGUGCUCUUCUGUGUAAAACAGAUAAUAAUCAAGUUCUCAGAGUUAUUCAGUUGAGCAUAGAUCAUAAUUUGCGGAAUGAGGACGAACUCUUACGUUUAUCACAAUUAGGUCUUGAUAUUAAAUCUAUUAGACAAGGCUCACAUCUUGGAAACCAAGAAAAUACUAGAUGUUUAGGUAAUUUUUUAGUAAAAGGAGGUUAUAGAGAAUUUGAAGAACUUCAGAUGUCUACGGCUGAGCCAAUUAUUGCUGAACCAGAAAUUCAUGGAGGUAUUGAACUUGAUGACUCUUGUAGGUUUUUAUUAUUGAUGUCUCGAGGUCUUUAUCAAUCAUUAGAAGAAGCUACUGGAACUGAUCAAGUUAAUAAAGAAUUAGCAUUGAUGGCAGUUGAGCAGUUUCGAAUUCAGUCAACGAUUACUGGUGUUGCUCAAGCAGUAGUGGAUAAAAUCGUUCGAAUCCAUCACGACAUGAAUAUGAGUAACUCUGAGACUUCGUCAGUAAAUGGAAAACGUGAAGAUAUUACACUCUUAGUCAGAAAUUUUAAUUUCCCUAUUCCGCAUGCACUGAAGAGCCCUACAAGCCAAUCUGUUAGAUUUAACCCAAUUGUUCAAACUGCAGUAGCAAAUAUUCAAGAAGAAGAUGAUUAUUUAUCAACUAGUGGUGCAACUACUGUAGAUAAUUUUAAUCCUUCAAGUAAUGAAACAUCUUCAACAUCGGAAACCUCACCACCAGGUCCACGACCCGAUAGAAAUGCGAGGAUACAGCCUUAUGUCGAUUUUUCAGAAUUUUUUGCAAAUGUUGAAAAACGUCAGAAAGAUGGGACGUUACCAAAAAGUAUAGAUUUUGGAUGUAGAUGAUUAUAAUGAUUAAUUAUAAUCUUUUUCCGGGGCAUAAUGUACUUAUAAAUAUAGCUAAACUUUCAAUGAAUUAGUAAAAUAUUUUGUAAAUUUUAAUAACUGAUAAAAAUUUCAAAUACUGUUACAAAUACUCAAGUUUAAUGUAAAUAUGAUAUUCAUUAUAUUAUUUUUAUGAUAUAAUUUUAUUUUUAUCCUUUCAAUCAAAUGAUGAUAUUAUCAGUAAUAGAUAAUCAUUAGUAUAUAAAAAUGG